UCUCCAGGGCCUAGCAGGAAGCAUGCCAGGCAAAACGUGUGGUGUGUGUGUGUGUGCGCGCGCGCGCGCGCCCCGCGUGCGUUUGUGUUUUCAGAUGACUGGUACCUGGGGAACCCGCACCCCAGGGCAACAGAGCAGGGGCAGGCCUGGGUCUCCUCCCACAUCGGGCCCAGAAGAAGGGGUGGAAGCUGGCUUUACCUCCAGCUUCCCCAGGCUGGAUUCCAGCAGCGCCUCGGCCCCUGCAGACCCUGGGCGCUCGCCUUCCCGCCUCCCUUAGCAACCGGGAGGCUGUGGACACCGCGGGCGGGUGGGGCCGGAGGCUGCGGGGAGCCCAGGCGCCAAGUGGCGGAGGCGGCCCAGCCCAGGUGCAGGGCGCACGGGCGACCGCAGCAGGAAGCCACCCUGCGAGCGCGACUGUCGCAGCGCCAGCGCGCACGGGGCCCCACGCACCCACCCUCUGCACCUGCCGCGGGGUCUAAAAGGGAUCCUACAAAAAUGAGCCAUUCUCACCCUGCUGGGUUACUUGCAGCAUAUGAUAGCCUAACGGAUAAACACCUGACUGGAUAUUUUAACAAUACAAGGAUAAGGCGGCAUCUCUUGAGAUCAGGGCUGAUCACAAGAAGUGGAAGAAUACUUUCUGAAAAAGAAUACAAACUAAACAUCAUGAAGCGAGAUCACCAAAAAUAUAUCCGGGAGUGCUUGGCCCAGGCUAUUUUCCAUAAGGUUCUUGAUAUGGAGCGGUACCAUCAGCUUGAAAUAAAAAAGAAAUUGGAGACCUUAGCCAGGAAGGAGAGAAUUCAGAGAUUUAAGGGAGAGCACACAGGACGAUUUAUUGAAAAUAACAUGCCAAGCCUGUCUCCCCACCCCCCAGUUGGCCCAAAGACGAAUCGUGGCCAUCAUCUUCAGGUUGAUGAAGGACAUUCCAGUCCAUUAGCACUGACAGCCCCUCGACCAUAUACUGCCCCAGGAAAUAUGCGGCCUCCAAUUCGAUUACAGCCUCUUCCCAGGAAUCCUCCAGUGGGAACUGUUCCAAAGAUACCUUCGGGGUCCAGAUCAAAAACCUUCUUGCUGGAAGGUCAAGCUCCAUUUCCGGUUGGGGGCAAGAAGGCAGCGAUGAAGUUCAAAAACUCCACAGGCAAUUCACAGAGAAUGAAUCUAUAUCGACUUCCAAACAUUAACAGUUACAUGCGACCUAUUCCUCCUCCACCUCCUCCCCCAAAUAGAAAAUUCACGAGAGAAAAUAAAUCUGAAACAUGGAAAAAGAGAACAUUUCGUCCAACCACUGCUCCAAAUGGCUUAGAACCUCUCUUUACCAAGGAUACAAGAUGUAUUUAUAAAACAUCGCCGCAUAGUAAUGCGGCUAUUACAAUGAUCUAUUUGGGGAAAAAUGUACACCUAUCUUAUGAUAACCCAGACUUCCGAGAUGAAAUAAGAGUUUAUCAACAGCACUGUGGUGGGGAAAAUCUUUGUGUCUACCAAGGCAAACUACUUGAGAAAGAGACCUUUCAGUUUAUUUCCAAGAGGCACCAUGGUUUCCCCUUCAGUCUCACCUUUUUCCUUAAUGGGAUGCAGGUGAAUAGGUUAAGCUCCUGCUGUGAAUACAAGCACCGAAAAGGUUCCAGACUUGGAGGCAAACGAGGAUACUUUGGAUUUGUGUGUGUUGAGAAAUCAUCUCCUUGCUACAAGUGCAUUAUUGCAAUGGGCCUUGAUAAAAAAACAUCUUUACCAAAACCUCGGAAAGAAAAGAACACUGAGAAAAGAUUGGAACUGAGGAAGAGUGAGGGGAAAGCAAGGAGGAAUGCAGAGUACAUGACAUCGAGAAGAAAUGAGAUGGAUGGGGACAAAAUCUCUGUCUCAGACAUUUUUUCAGUUCAAGAAAUAAAAACUGGGGUCAGAGAAGUGAGAACUGCUAUGGAAGAAAUGGAGCGUAAAGGAAAAGCAGGUCAAGAUGUUUGGGAAGAUGACCAGGAAAAUAUUUUAAAAUAUGAAUAUGAAGAAGAUUUUGAAGUAGAUGACGACAAAUACUAUGAGAGAGCUAGUGAAGAAGGACAGGCUGAUUAUCAAAUGAAUGGAAUCUCAAAGUCACCCUCAGAUGAUGAAAAAUAUAAUUUAUACCUUGAAAAAGAGAGUGAAAGCUCAUCACAGAAGGCAUCAGAUGCCCAUGACAAUGUGAAAGAUGGUGAUGAUGGAUACUCGGAGAGUGACUCAGAAGAGGAUAAACAAGAUAUAAAAACUACUUCAUUAGCCUCAUCCAGAAGUCACCACUAUUCUAGCAGCAGUGAGGAUGAAUCUCAAGCAGGAGACAGGGAAGCCCACACUGAAAACAGUGCAGGAGAAAGUGCCAGAAGUUCAUCUUCUCCGGAACUGAGUGAAAAUGAUGAGCCAAGAAAAGCCCGCCUCCCAACUGAGGAAUCCUUAGAAAUUGAAAUUGAAGAACAAGAAAUAACAAAAGCAGAUGUGGAGACCAAAACCCUGCCAAUAGAGGGAAGCUUUGAGAACAUUCUUGAGGAAGAAAUGGAGAAGGGAACCCAAGGGAUUGCAGAGAGGUUAUCUGAGAAGUCCAGGAAACAUUCGUCUGAGGAAGAAAAGGAAAAGGAUAAGAGUAGGCUAUGGGAAGGAAGCACUGCUGAGGUGAAGGACAAACAGGCAGGCUUCCCUGGGGUGGAGAAAGGUGUUGGCCAGAUAAUAACUGAAGCUGUGGCAUCAGGCUGCCACAGCCACUGUGACACUGAGUCUGGUGUUAGCAGCGCAGAUGAGGAGUGGAAGCCCUCGAGGAAGCUGGAGGUGGACACAGGUGGAGCAUCAAGUAAGAAGUUAGUGGUGGGGGAAAGAGCGACAGUCAACUCAAACAAGGAACCCAAGCAAGUUGCACAAGAAACGGAUACACUGGGGAAGAAAGAAGCAGUGGAGGAAGAUGAAACUCCUCAGCACAGAGAUGCUGCAAUAGAGGGAAAAGGGGAUGGAGCACUGUGGGGAGGAGCAGGGGUUGAGGAGGUUCCCUUGGGGGAGGGAAAGCCAACGGCAGAGCCAGCAUUAGUAGAACCGUCUGCAGAAGAAAGAGACAGCCCUCCAGCCAUAGCAAGUGGGGCCCAGGCAGGGGCAGAGGCCGAAGGGGCAAGAAGGCUGUGUAGGGUGGGGUUAGACCCCAUAGGAAAAGCAGCAACAAGAGACACAGCGGGUCCGAAUAAAGAUGAGGCUCAGGAAGAGCAGGCCUUGAUGCUAACCGCGCUCGAGACAGUGGAGGCAGCUUCUGAGGGGAAACAGGGUUUGGGGAAGGCAGCGCUUUCAAACAAGGCAGUGGCCCUGAACCCAAAGCAUCUUCAGGAGGCAGCAGCAGCCCGGGGAGAGGCAGUGACACCAGAGAGGAGAGAGGCUGGGAGAGGGGCGGCUGGGAGUGAGGCAGGGUCCAUAAAACCAGAUCCGAAGGGAAGUGAAGAGGAAACAUUCACAGACCUAGAGGACUUGGGAAAAGACACAGUAUCUGAAAGAGAGGAUGGCUCUGAAGAGGCAAUUCUUGAGGGAGAGGAAGCAGCCAAAGAGAGGAAGGAAGUUGUGAGAACAGAAACGCCUUUGAGCCCCUCAGCCGGAGAGGCAGCGGCCAGCUGGACGCGGGCCUUAGAGGGCAGCCCUGAAGUCCUCUGUGAGGAAGACGCAGAAAAGGAGGAGACUGUGACUGAGGCAGAAUCUAAUAAGGAAGAUGACAGGAAGGAAUCAUUACCUGAGGAAUUAGAUGUAGCAAGAAAGAGGAGGAAAGCUGAGAGGCCAAAAACACCUCUGAGGGAAACCGAAUCUGAGACAGAAGAGGUGACAAGGGCAAAUGAACUUAAGGACGAAGACACUUUAGAGGAAGAGCAAAAACUUAAAGGGGAAAAGGAGAAAACAGCGAAGGAAGAAAGAUCUGAGGAAGACCCUAAAGCUCCCCCAAAUGAAAUGGAAUCUGAUGCUGAGAAUGCAGCACCGGAGAAGGCAUCUGAGUUGUCUGAAGAUCCAGGGCUUCUAGAAGAUUCACUGAGAGAGAGAGAGGCUAGCAUGUUUGAAGCCACACCUGGAUUUGAAAAGUCACUGGAAAAUGUAACAGUUCUGAGAAAAGAAGGAAGAGAGGGGAGACUGAGCGAAGCCGGAGACACACAGCAGGAAGGCAGCAGGGCAGAGCUGUUGGACAGGGACAAUGUGACCCCGGAGGACAAGAGCUCUGGCCGGGGAGAGGGUGCCUCGGGCGCUCCUGCCAGUGAGCCGGAAGGAAAGGCACAGGCCCCCGAGGUGGAGGUGUCCAUCCCAGAUGUGGUGGAGGAGCCUGAGGCCAGAGACCAAGACUGCCUCCCAGGGCUGGAGGGGAGGGAUGAGGAAGCGCCUCUGCCUGUAGGAGAAGGAGUGGGGACCAUGAUAACCACCCAGGAAGAUGCUCCUGAGGGAGAUCGAAUGGUGGCAGGAAAGCUCGGUGAAGAAGGGAUGGAUGAGGACUCAAAGGAGGAGGAUAAAGAGUGCGCUCUGGGGACAGGAGUGAUGCAGGACAGGAACACAGAGGGGCCCUGGGGCAUGGGAGGAGGGGCCGCUGCGGCUGAGGAAGAUCUACACCAAGGAGGAGGAAUGGCAGCAGAAGCCGCUGCAGAGAGGGAGGUGUUGGCAGGUUCCCAGACAGCUGAAGGGAAAACAGUAGCAAAUAAAGCCUCCUCCUUUUCAGAUGUUGCUGAGAAAGAAACUUGGCACCAAGAGGAUGAGUUACUAGGCAAAACAGCAGCUGCAGAGAGGGUGGCAGUAGAGGAGUUAGCGCUGCCGAGCAGGGAGGGGGUGCCAGCGGUGGAGGAGGUGACAGUGACGUCAACACCAGAGGGCUGGGUGGGAGCUCCCCAAGAACCUUUUCCUCUGGAAGGGGAGGCCCCAGGGCAAGGACAGGACCAAGAUGGAGGGGCAGCUCGAGAGCAGGCAGCAACCUGGAGUGGUGAUGGAGGGCAGGAGCUGGGAGCAGUGGAAGAAUCCCAAAUAGGAUUAUCACAGGAGAGACAGAGACCACCCAGUAGUGAGGGUCUGCAGGAGGUGACAGCACAGGUUCCUGUGAACCCCGAUUUCACUGGAACGCAAGAGAAGCAAGAGCAUGCAGUGCAAAAAAAAGAGGAUGCAGAUGUUUCCCUGAGUGACUUGAAGGCGUAGGAGGCUUCCUGGCAGGCGGAUAUUUAAAAGAUGUCUUCUGGAAGAUAUAAAGAAUGGAGAAAGAUUCACCCAAUCAUCUCACCAGGACUUGAAAUUUUUUUCCUUUUUUUUUAUCACUGUGUUUGAGGUGGUUCUCAGUCUGUCAGUGCCGGUCAGUAGCUCAGUAAGCAAAGCACUCUGAGGAUGGCUCAAGUAGAUCUGCAGGACCCUCCACAGGAGCUAUGGUCCCUAAUGGAGAGCUGUAAGGCUGUCACACGUUCUAUACAGCUAUAUUUGUCUAUAUUCAAAUACACAUGAUGGCUUUCAAAUGUUUGACUUUUACCAAAGAUCACCAAAAGGCCCAGUCCUGAUGUCUGGAGUUUGUUUCCUUUUUUAUUUUACAAUCCAUAAUCUCAGUUUCAUAGCCCCCAAUCCAUUCCAUAAUCCGGAUUUCAUAUAUGGAGUUUUAUUUACAAUUUGUGGCUCAGGGCUUUAAUGAUUUGGUCUGUGAAAAUGAGCUCUAAAGUUCCUUCCAUGUACACUCAAGACUAAAGAUUGCUCCAGAGCUCUAAGUCCUUCCAGGAAAGGACUCCAUGGCAUGUAUAUUCACUUAUACUUAGAAAUAUUCAUUCUUUUCAUUUAUGCCAGAAGAGUAAAGUCGAAAUCUUAUUUCAAAAUACUCUUUGAGUUUUUGUGUGUGUUUCUAUAGUUCUGCUUUCUGAGGUAGACUAGAAAAAUGGUAACUUCCAUGUUGUCGCUGGGGGCCUUAUUUAUAGGGCCACUCAAAUUUCAAUCAUAGUAGUAAAUAAUUUAGCUAAGUGGAAUAAGUAUAAUAAUUAUAGAAGGUAAACAGCACAUCAGCACAUACACCAGCAGUCUAGACUGAUGUCAUUCAUGGCAAAGUAACCUGGAUUAAAUUAGUGUGCUGCUCACCUUCCCAAGUUCUGUUAUUUCAAACCCAUGAACUAAACUUGCAGUCCACUAUAAAUCAACAGUCACAAUUACUUCCUAAAUUACCCUGAUAUUAUUUUCUAGUUGUGUAUCAGCCUGCCUCCUAGGAGUUUUGAUUUCCUUGAAGACAUACCAGUGCCCCACAAGGCACUUAUUUGUCUACCUUUUCUCUAUGUGAUGAGGUGAAAGAAUUUCCUAAAGUUGGGCCACACGUUAGACUUUCUUAACUGGCUCAACCCUUGGCCCUACCCUAGAGAAUCAGAUUUUCAGAUUUCAUUAGUUUUAUAUGGGCCUAUGCACCAGUAUAUAUAUAUGUGUGUGUGUGUAUAUAUAUAUAUAUACUUUUCACGUGAUUCUUCUAUGUAGCCAAAGUAGAGAAUCGCUGCCCUAAAUCAUCACACAAUCCAUGCUGGCCACCCUAUACUUAAUGUCCCUAGGGACCAGGCAUAUAACUGUUAUAAGUUUUUUUUUUUUUUCAUUUUAAUGAAUAAUGGAGCCAUUUAGUGAUCAAAGAUAUACUGUUCUGGAUAUAAUGAACCAGAUAAAGGACCGGUCCCUUGAUCAGGAACAUCAGCAUCACCUGAAAUGUGUUCCUGGUCUCUCCUUCUACCUAUUAAAUUAGAAACUGUGUGUGGGGCCUACUAAGCAAAGUUUUAAUUGGUUUAAUCCAGGAAAUUAUGUUGUGCACUAAAAUCUGAAAACUGCUGUCAUGGACUAUAAUUGCACUGAGGAUUAGUCUCAGAAAAUGGAUUGCAAAAGCACUGUGAACUUUCCUUCUUUGUCUAUGCCUCUGUCUCUUUCUUUUUUCUGUCUUUCUUUUGGUUUAUUUGCCUCUUUCUCUUUUUUUCUUUCUUUCUCCAAGAAAUGACAUUCACAUAAAAGUGGUGAAGUCAAUCUUAAAUUCAUUUUUGUUAUGAUUAUAUUGAUACAUAUAUGAAGACUCUUGUUCCAUCCCUUAUUGAAGGAUAAGUAUUAUUCAUUGCACAUCAUAAAUCUCCAUCACUCUUACGGUUUUGAGUGGAUUGCAUCUUCAUUACAAUUAAUUUCACUUAUUACUGAGCUGUGUUACUGGGGAGCUCUAUAGUAUCUGUUUCCUGAUUUCAACCUCAAUGCUACAGAGCACUUUGAAUGCAUAGCACCUUAUGGGAAAGAUUGUAAACUUGUUAAUUCCAUUUAAAAAUGAGUUUUGUACAAUGUGCUAAAUGGAAAUUGCAUUGAAUUAUUUUUAUAUUUAACACAUUCUAUCAAAACAUUCUGUAACACAAUUAUUCAACCUGCAUGUGGGUUUAACUGUGAAAUUCAGUGUUGUGAUAUUUUGACUAAGUGAAUUAUUUCUCUGCAAAUCCUAUGUUGAUAAAAUUAUUUGUACGUUCAACUGAACUGAUCUUCCCUAGUUUCUUCAGUAUUAAAAACAUAAAUAAAUCAUAUAUUUAC